AUGCGUCUCUUCCUCACGACGGCCUUGGGCCUCUUCUCGACUUUUGCCGGCGUAAAUGCACAGGCAGACCCUGCUGCUGAUGCUUACCUCGCUCGUCAAGUCCCCAUUUCGAGGGCUGGUGUUGUCGCCAACAUCGGUCCUGACGGUGCUAGGUCUUCUGGCGCAAGGGCUGGCGUCGUGAUUGCUUCUCCCAGCACUUACGACCCCGACUAUCUCUACACCUGGACCCGAGAUUCUGCUUUGGUCUUCAAGGGUAUCACCGAGCGAUACAUCCGUGGAGAGGACGACUCCCUUCGUCGCAGAAUCGACGACUUCGUCGCUGCUCAAACCAUCUUGCAAGGUGUCACCAACCCCAGUGGAAGCCCUACCACUGGUGGUCUCGGAGAGCCCAAGUUCCACAUUGACUUGACGGCCUUCACCGAUGGCUGGGGACGACCCCAACAUGAUGGCCCCCCUCUUCGCGCCAUCGCUUUGAUCAACUACGCCAACCACUUGGUUGACACCAACAACGCUACCUGGGCCGCCCAACGCGUCUGGCCUGUGAUCAAGAACGACCUUGACUACACCGCCAAGUACUGGAACUACACCGGCUUCGACCUUUGGGAGGAGGUUUCCGGCAGGUCCUUCUUCACCAGCGCCGUUCAGCUCCGCGCCCUCAAGGAAGGUGUUACCCUUGCCAACCGCCUCCAGCAAAACUCUGCUCCCUAUGCUGAGCAAGUCGAGCGUGUCCAUUGCUUCUUGCAGUCUUACUGGAAUCCGCAACAAGGUUAUAUCACGGCCAACGUCGGUCACCGUUCUGGAAAGGAUGCCAACACCAUCCUUGCUUCCAUCCACACCUUCGACCCGGAUGCUGGCUGCGACGCCACCACCUUCCAACCAUGCUCUGACAAGGCACUCUCCAACUUGAAGGUUGUCGUCGACUCUUUCCGCAACGAGUACAGCAUCAACCGUGGAAUUCCCGCCAACCAAGCUGUUGCUGUCGGCCGCUACCAUGAGGACAUCUACUACGGUGGCCAGCCCUGGUACUUGACAACCCACGCCCCUGCUGAGCAACUCUACGACGCUCUCAUUGUCUGGGAUCGCCAGGAAAGCCUCGAGGUCACCGAUAUCUCUUUGGCCUUCUUCCGUCAAUUCGAUGGCUCCGUUCAGCCAGGCACCUAUGCUAAGGGUUCCGCCACCUACACCGCCCUUACCAACGCUGUCAGACGCUUCGCCGACGGUUUCUUCCUUGUCAACGCCAAGUACACCCCUGCUGACGGGUCUCUGGCUGAGCAAUAUCACCGUGAUCACGGCUAUCCUUUGAGCGCCAAGCACCUCACCUGGAGCUAUGCCUCUCUGUUGACUGCCUACGCUGCUCGCUCCGGUCAGACCCCCACCAGGUCUUGGGGCGCUAAGGACUUGGUCGUCCCUGGCCAGUGCGUUGGUAACAUUGGUCCCACUGCUGCUAUCACCUUCCGAGUUCAUGCUGAAACUGUCUGGGGAGAGAACAUCUUCAUCACUGGUAACAUCGAUGCCCUGAGCGGCUGGUCUCCAGAUAACGCUAUCCCUCUCGCCCCUACCAACUAUCCCACCUGGACUGCCACCAUUCAAAUCCCCGUCGACACCAACUUCGAGUACAAGUACAUCCGCAAGAACGGCAACGCCGUCGUCUGGGAGUCCGACCCCAACCGCCGCAACAGCUCGCCUUCUUCGGGAUCCAAGACUAUCAACGACUCCUGGAAGAAUUGA